AUGCCGCCACCGGGCGACGUCACGCUCCCCACGACCAAGAGAGCGCGCAAGUCGCUGAGCGGCAUUUCACCGUCGAGAAAGACUGGUGAAAAGGAAAAUGCUACCGUCGACUUGUCAGCGGCAUCACUCGCCGCGAAUCGCAAAAAGUCACGUAGCAAGAGCAUAGGACCUGGUGGCCUAGACGCGCUAAAACCUGCCAACGGAAACAGGAGACAGUCUAUUGCAGCUCCCCUGCCAAGAUCAAUCCUCAAGCCGACCAUACCCAUCUUACCCGAAAUACCACCACAUAAGUCGAAACAACCAAGUAGCAGGAAUGAAGUCGACUCCACCAAGGUCGCCUUGCGGACAGAAGAGGAGCAGCAAGCUGCAGCCCGCGAGCGUGAGGAGAGGGAGAGGCUGGCCCUUGAAAAGGAGAUCAAAGACAGACGAGAAGCCCGACGCAAGUCACUGGCCAACAGGCGCGUGUCAUUUGCGGCCGAGGCUACGUUGCACACCUUCCAUGAGAUUGAGUACCUCCAAGACUCGACCACAUCAACAGAUUCUACGAGACGUGCUUCGUCACUGGCGGCUCCAUCCCCGGCGUCGCAUGCAGCUCAGCAGGGGUCUGAUCCAGCAGAGCCACCCUCAACACCACCAGAACAUGUAGAUGAUAUGGUUCCAGACUCUGCGGCGGAUCAGAGGGAUCUGCACCAGAAGAAACGGAGACGGAGCUCGGGAAUCUCGCCAUUAGACGAGCAUGACGAAACUAUGGGGUCCACUGUCUACGACUCUGACUCGGACAACGGCGACGACAUCAUUGAAGACCCAGAUGAGGGCGACUCCGACUCCGACGCAGGUGACGGCACCAUGAUGACUCUGGACGCCGACGAGGUGACCACGGCAUCCGCUGUCUCGGCUGGAUCCAUGUCGAUGAUGAGCAGUGACUCCACGACCAGUAUCGACGAGAUGCUGCGACUUGCCACACAAAGAGCCGGUGCUCGUUCGGCCGCAGAUGAGGACGAGGAGGUCAUUCCUGCCUUUGUUGGCUGGGGAAAGAGGGCCGCCUCGGGCAGCGGGAUGCAGGAAGACCAAGAGAUCUUCUCGAGUCCUGUAAGAUCAGUGGUGGACGAGGACGACGGCAUGGAUAUGGAGGAGACACAUGCCAUAGGAGGGAUCGUCAGAGCAGCAGAUGCCGAUGAGACCAUGGCCAGCGAAGGUGGAAUGGACAUGUCGAUGGAUAUGACGCACGCGCUUGGAGGGAUUGUGGCACAGAAGAGAGCAGCCCAGAGAGAGGCGACCAUGUGCCUGGACCAGACAAUGGACUUUACCACACCAAUGGGUGGCAUCCAGUCUACAGUCAACGAUGACGACGGCCAAGAAGAUAGUGAGGCCUACGAGGAUAUGUCAAUGGAAUUGACCACAGUCAUGGGUGGUGUUUGGUCGACAGGUGCUGCCAAGAACGGCAAGCCUGGAGCGCGCCGCCGCACGACAAUGCGUCCUGAUGAUGUAGAUGCAGAGCCAACUGUCGGUAUGGACAUGACGGUGGGACUAGGCAAGAUCAUCUCCACUGACGAGGAUGCCGUGAGCGACGGGGACAUGGAUAUGACUGCGGGAAUGGACAUGUCGCCAGUGUCGUUGGGUGGAAUCCUCGCAUCGGUCACUCGUCCAGCUGAUGAGAACGAGAAAAAGCCUCAGGGCUCUCGCUCAGCGGAGAAGGCACCUUUGGUAAACACCAGGCAAUCCUCGCCGUCCAGGCCAUCCUCACCAAUCAAGAACUCUCUGACAUCGACCCUGAGCCGUAACCGUUCACCCAGCCGCUCACCUGAUCGUCCAGCUCUCAAUGGUAGCGGACUCCGCAGGUCACCAGAUCGUCGACCUUCUCCGGCCCGCAUGUCUCCAGUCCGAGACUCUCCAGCAAAGCCAUCGAUUCAAACCGCCAAAUCUCCCGACCAGCCACGUACGCCGUUGCGGUCUUCACCGUCUAGAUUCAUUAGUAGUGGAUCCAAAUCGCCGGUGCGUUCAACUGGUCUAAAGAACAAACAGGCUCCUGUGUCGCCGGCAAAGCAGAGGUCCCCGGCGAGAUCUCUUUUUCAACAGGAUCCCGCGACAGGGGCAACAACUCCCCUUGUGGCCCUGACGCCUCAGAGACGACGACUCUCUGGAGUCGGUGCUGACCGCUCGGGCCUGGGGUCUCCGAGGGUUGCGGAGCUUCUCGAACGCCGAGCAUCCAUUGGCAAGGCAGCAAAAGAGUUCUCACCUGGUAGAAAUCUGGAACUGGGUCGUCGGGCUGUCAAGUGGGAUGACCCACGCAUAAUGGAGCAAGAAAUCGACCGCCAGAGACAGCAAGAAAUAGACAAGGAAGAUGGGCGCAAGAUCAUGGAGCGGGAGGCUGACGAACGAGACGUCACCCUGAAUCUUAGAGAGAUGAUUCAGGGCCUAAGCCCGAAGAAGAAUCCUCUCCGUGGUCGCAAGAGCUUACACGUUGGCAGCGCCAAGGGUUUACUGGGAAAGCGUCCUUCCGAGCUGGACGACGCGGAGGAGGAGCAGGACGGAGUGAAGAGACUGAAGAACCACCAUGGGAGUCCAGUCAAGAGCAUCAAGCUGCAGCAGCCUCCAUCCAAAGAGGAGACCACGGGACGACUUUCAAAGUCCAGCAGGAGCCAAGACUCGACGAAGCAAUCUCUCGAAGUGUCCACACCAACAUCCCCCAUCAAGAUGUCCAGAACCGCACCAAGUCCAAGACGUCGAAGUCAUUUCAGGGACGUGGAGGAUGAUGGCGCCAUAGAUCUCGGUAGAGGCGAGGGCAUCGAUGCCGAGGAUCUGGACGACGACGAAGAACGUAUCAGCCUGCAGGACUUCCUCAACAUGACCAGCAUUCGUUUUAUGGAGCUAACGACUACAAAACGCCGACAUACCGUGGCACCACAAGCAAAGAACAGUGCCGAAAGCGACGACAAGGACGACAUGUGCCUCGAACGCUGCGUCGUGGCCGGUGCCUGUACGGUGCCCAUGCUAGAGCUGUACCAACACUCGUGCCGCGAGCUCAAGAAGUACAUCUCGGAGGGUCGCGACAUCGUCCGGGAGAUUGAAAGCGAGACGCUCGCUGACAAUCCGCCUCUGUUCCGAGAGUAUAUGUCAGCCAGCCCAGACUUCAGAGUUCUGAUGGAUAACCAAUUCAAAAAUGUCAAGCUGCAUGCUCGCCUCCUGAGCAAGGCCAUGUGGUACGAAUGGCGAAUGAAGCUGCAAGAAGGUCUCAAGGAAGGUCUAGAGAAGACGGCCGAGGGCAUGGCUCAGGACGAACAGGUCCUCAAGAAGAAGCAGGCUCUCAUAGACUCGGUGCUUCCUGAACUCGUCAAGAAGUUCGCCGAACUCGAAAAGGAACACAACCUGCUCGACGAGGCGGUGCGUGAGCUUGCCGAUUGCGACCCGGACGAGUUGCAAGCUGCUCGGGACGAGUUGCUCACCGCCACCCAAGACAUAGAUCUGAAGAAGCAGCAGAUAGCAGAACUGGAGCGGGACCUCCGUCAGUCCGAAGAAGCUAUUGGGGAGCUGACGACAAAGAAGCAGCUGUGUUUGGAUGAGAUCCGCGAAGCUGAGCGCGUGAGAGAGGAAUGUAGAGGCUGGAGACCUGAUGAAAUUAUGGAUCUCAAAGCACGCGUCGAGGCCAUCGAGAAAGAGCACGGCUGGAUAGUCACGGGCUGCUCCGGUACGACUGUAUCAAUGACCUACAACCGUGAGAUUGAACUCGUUUUCGAUCCCACCAGCUUCGCUACCCCAGACAGCGCGGCCAGCAAGCAGCCCACCAACAUAGACCUCUGGUACAUCGCGGCCAACCGCGAACGCGACCCUGUACCCAUCACGACCGAGCUCGAGUUCUUCCUUCAGUGCAUCCGCGACCAGAUCAGGGGUCUCGACCAAGCGCAAACCUCACUGCGCCAUAUUCUCGAUGUGGUGGGUGCCGGCUGGCUUGAGGCGAAGCAGGUUUCUGCCAACAUCAGGAGCAUAAACUGCACCUUUCCCACCAGGGUCUCACGGACGUCGGACGCAUCAAUGGUCGUGAAGGCGACGUUGUUGCUGGCGGGGCUGAAGAGCAAGGUCGAGGUUCUCAUAGAUCUGAGCGGCCAGAGUGCGGGUGGUACGGUUGUCAAGCCUCGAGCAAGAGUCGUCUAUGGGCAGCGAUUCAACGAGGAUCGGAUGGCAGACUUCCUCAGGAAGGAGAUUGGUGACAAGGUCGGCAAGGGACAGGUGUGGGGAGAGGUACUCGUCGAAUUAUACGCGAAGCUGUUGUCUGGUGCCAACAAGCAAUGA